GGAGAGGGCCGCGUGCCCCCACCUGGGCUGCGGCAUCUCCUCGGCCGGCUCUCCCGAACCCUAGCCUCCUGAACUUCAAAGUCCGGGAGGGGGACGGGACAAAUCAGCAUCAAGCCCGCCUCGGAGGCCCGGAGGAAAAAUGGCGAAGCGCCGGGCGGGGGACAGGGAGGCGCGAGCGACCCGGCGCUCGCUGGGCCUCCGGGCCCGCGCAGUGGCCGCGGUGGGCGACGCCGCGCAACCGCGACCCGCUCGUUGUUCCGCCAUCUUCUCCGACUCACCCGACUCCCCCCGCAGCGGCGCUGGCUUCGCGUUUCCCUUCCGGCCGCUGACUGAGAUCCGGGCUGGGCGGGGUGGGCGAGCGCGCGGAGGGGGUGGACCGAGGGCGGGGAGGCCGGACGGAAGAGGAAAAGGAGGGCGGCGAGCCGGCCCCGGCGGGGUGUGGGGCGUGCGGCGUGUGUGCGGAGGGAGAGGUGGGAGGGCGGGAGGCGGAGGAAUGAGAGCGCGAGGCACUACUCGUCGGCUCCUUCGCCCGGACGGAAAGAGCCGAGCGCAGUCCGAACGCUCUAUUAAAAUGGCGGCGGCGUCGGCGGUGGCCGCGGCGUCUGUAUCAGAUAUAGAAGGUGGUGAUGGACUACAGCUCAGAAAGGAACAUACUCUCAAAAUAUUUGCUUAUAUCAAUUCCUGGACACAGAGGCAAUGUCUAUGCUGCUUCAAAGAAUAUAAGCAUCUGGAGAUUUUUAACCAAGUAGUGUGUGCACUUAUUAACUUAGUGAUUGCCCAAGUUCAAGUGCUCCGGGACCAGCUUUGUAAACAUUGUACUACUAUUAACAUAGAUUCCACGUGGCAAGAUGAGAGUAAUCAAGCAGAAGAACAACUGAACAUAGAAAGAGAGUGUAAUGAAGGAAGUACAGAAAGACAAAAAUCAGUAGAAAAAAAAUCAAACUCUACAAAAAUUUGUAAUCUGACUGAGGAGGAAUCUUCAAAGGGCUCUGAUCCUUUUAGUUUAUGGAGUACAGAUGAGAAAGAAAAACUCUUACUUUGUGUGGCAAAAAUUUUUCAAAUUCAGUUUCCCUUAUAUACUGCUUACAAGCAUAAUACUCAUCCUACUAUAGAGGAUAUAUCAACGCAAGAAAGCAACAUAUUAGGGGCAUUCUGUGAUAUGAAUGAUGUAGAAGUACCUUUGCAUUUGCUUCGUUAUGUAUGUUUGUUUUGUGGGAAAAAUGGCCUUUCUCUCAUGAAGGAUUGCUUUGAAUAUGGAACUCCUGAAACUUUGCCAUUUCUUAUAGCACAUGCAUUUAUUACAGUUGUAUCUAAUAUUCGAAUAUGGCUACAUAUCCCUGCUGUCAUGCAGCACAUUAUCCCUUUUAGGACAUAUGUUAUCAGGUAUUUAUGCAAGCUCUCUGAUCAGGAGUUAAGACAGAGUGCGGCUCGCAACAUGGCUGACUUAAUGUGGAGCACAGUGAAAGAACCAUUGGAUACGACAUUAUGCUUUGAUAAAGAAAGCUUAGAUCUUGCAUUUAAGUACUUUAUGUCGCCUACGUUGACUAUGAGGUUGGCUGGACUAAGUCAGAUAACAAAUCAACUUCAUACCUUCAAUGAUGUGUGCAAUAAUGAAUCAUUGGUAUCAGACACAGAAACGUCGAUUGCUAAAGAACUUGCAGACUGGCUUAUAAGCAACAAUGUGGUAGAGCAUAUAUUUGGACCAAAUUUACAUAUUGAGAUUAUCAAACAGUGCCAAGUGAUUUUGAAUUUUUUGGCAGCAGAAGGACGACUGAGUACUCAGCAUAUUGACUGCAUUUGGGCUGCAGCGCAGUUGAAACAUUGUAGUCGGUAUAUACAUGACUUAUUUCCUUCACUUAUCAAGAAUUUGGAUCCAGUACCACUUAGACAUCUUCUUAAUCUGGUCUCAGCUCUUGAGCCAGGAGUUCAUACUGAACAGACACUGUACUUGGCAUCGAUGUUAAUUAAAGCAUUAUGGAAUAAUGCACUAGCAGCUAAGGCCCAGCUAUCUAAACAGAGUUCUUUUGCAUCUUUGUUAAACACUAAUCUUCCCAUUGGAAAUAAGAAAGAGGAAGAAGAGCUCAGAAGAGCUGCACCAUCACCCUGGUCACCUGCAGCCAGUCCUCAAAGCAGUGAUAACAGUGAUACUCAUCAAAGUGGAGGCAGUGACAUUGAAAUGGAUGAGCAACUUAUUAAUAGAACCAAACAUGUGCAACAGCGACUUUCAGAUACAGAGGAGUCCAUGCAGGGAAGUUCUGAUGAAACUGCCAACAGUGGUGAAGAUGGAAGCAGUGGUCCUGGUAGCAGUAGUGGACAUAGUGACGGAUCUAGCAAUGAGGUGAAUUCUAGCCAUGCAAGCCAGUCAGCAGGGAGCCCUGGCAGUGAGGUACAGUCUGAAGACAUUGCGGAUAUUGAAGCUCUUAAAGAAGAAGAUGAAGAUGAUGAUCAUGGUCAUAAUCCUCCUAAAAGCAGUUGUGGUACAGAUCUUCGGAACAGAAAGUUAGAAAGUCAAGCAGGCAUUUGCUUAGGGGAUUCCCAAGGCCCAUCAGAAAGAAGUGGGACAAGCAAUGGAACAGGAAAGGACUUGGUUUUUAACACUGAGUCCUUGCCAUCAGUAGAUAAUCGAAUACGAAUGCUUGAUGCCUGUUCACACUCUGAAGACCCAGAACAUGAUAUUUCAGGGGAAAUGAAUGCUGCUCAUAUAGCACAAGCAUCUCAGGAAUCUUGUAUUACACGCACUGGGGACUUUCUUGGGGAGACUAUUGGGAAUGAAUUAUUUAAUUGUCGGCAGUUUAUUGGUCCACAACAUCACCACCACCACCACCAUCACCAUCAUCACCACCAUGAUGGUCACAUGGUUGAUGAUAUGUUAAGUGCAGAUGAUGUCAGUUGCAGUAGCUCCCAGGUCAGUGCAAAAUCAGAAAAAAAUAUGGCUGAUUUUGAUGGUGAAGAAUCUGGGUGUGAAGAGGAGCUAGUUCAGAUUAAUUCACAUGCAGAGCUAACAUCUCAUCUCCAACAACAUCUUCCCAAUUUAGCAUCUAUCUACCAUGAACAUCUUAGUCAAGGACCUGCAGUUCAUAAACAUCAAUUCAACAGUAAUGCUGUGACAGACAUUAAUUUGGAUAACGUUUGCAAGAAAGGAAACACUUUGUUGUGGGAUAUAGUCCAGGAUGAUGAUGCAGUUAAUCUAUCUGAAGGAUUAAUAAAUGAAGCAGAGAAACUUCUCUGUUCCUUAGUAUGUUGGUUUACAGAUAGACAGAUUCGAAUGAGAUUCAUUGAAGGUUGCCUUGAAAAUUUAGGAAACAACAGAUCAGUAGUAAUUUCACUUCGUCUUCUUCCAAAACUGUUUGGUACUUUUCAGCAAUUUGGGAGCAGUUAUGAUACACAUUGGAUUACAAUGUGGGCAGAAAAAGAACUGAACAUGAUGAAGCUUUUCUUUGAUAAUUUGGUGUAUUAUAUUCAAGGUGUAAGAGAAGGGAGACAAAAACAUGCACUGUACAGCCAUAGUGCCGAAGUUCAAGUGCGACUGCAGUUCUUAACUUGUGUCUUUUCAACUCUGGGAUCACCUGAUCAUUUCAGGUUAAGUUUGGAACAAGUUGAUAUUUUAUGGCAUUGUUUAGUAGAAGAUUCUGAGUGUUAUGAUGAUGCACUCCAUUGGUUUUUAAAUCAAGUUCGAAGUAAAGAUCAACAUGCUAUGGGAAUGGAAACCUACAAACAUCUUUUCCUGGAGAAGAUGCCCCAGCUGAAACCUGAAACGAUUAGCAUGACUGGCUUAAACCUGUUUCAGCAUCUCUGUAACUUGGCUCGAUUGGCUACCAGUGCCUAUGAUGGUGGUUCAAACUCUGAGCUUUGUGGUAUGGACCAAUUUUGGGGCAUUGCUUUAAGAGCACAGUCUGGUGAUGUCAGUCGUGCAGCUAUCCAGUAUAUUAACUCCUAUUAUAUUAAUGGUAAAACGGGUUUGGAGAAGGAGCAAGAAUUUAUUAGUAAGUGUAUGGAGAGUCUAAUGAUAGCUUCUAGCAGUCUUGAACAGGAAUCACACUCAAGUCUCACAGUUAUAGAAAGAGGACUUCUUAUGCUGAAGACACAUCUGGAAGCAUUUAGGAGAAGGUUUGCAUAUCAUCUCAGACAGUGGCAAAUUGAAGGCACUGGCAUUAGUAGUCAUUUGAAAGCACUGAGUGACAAACAGUCCCUGCCGCUAAGGGUUGUAUGCCAGCCAGCUGGACUUCCUGACAAGAUGACUAUUGAAAUGUAUCCUAGUGACCAGGUAGCAGAUCUUAGGGCUGAAGUAACUCAUUGGUAUGAAAAUUUACAGAAAGAACAAAUAAAUCAACAAGCUCAGCUUCAGGAGUUUGGUCAAAGCAGCCGAAAGGGAGAGUUUCCUGGAGGCCUUAUGGGACCUGUGAGGAUGAUUUCAUCUGGACAUGAGUUAACAACAGACUAUGAUGAGAAAGCACUUCACGAGCUUGGUUUUAAGGAUAUGCAGAUGGUAUUUGUUUCUUUGGGUGCACCACGGAGAGAACGGAAAGGGGAAGGUGUUCAGCUGCCAGCAUCUUGCCUGCCACCCCCUCAGAAGGACAACAUUCCGAUGCUUUUGCUUUUACAAGAACCUCAUUUAACUACUCUUUUUGAUUUAUUAGAGAUGCUUGCAUCAUUUAAACCACCUUCAGGAAAAGUGGCAGUCGAAGAUAGUGAGAGCUUAAGAUGUGAAGAACUUCAUCUUCAUGCAGAAAACCUCUCUAGGCGUGUGUGGGAGCUACUGAUGCUUCUUCCUACAUGUCCUAACAUGUUGAUGGCAUUCCAGAAUAUCUCAGAUGAACAGAAUAAUGAUGCACCAAAUUGGAAAGAACUGCUCAAAAUUAAGAGUGCUCAUAAGCUGUUAUAUGCACUGGAAAUUAUUGAAGCAUUGGGAAAACCUAACAGAAGAAUAAGGAGAGAGUCUACGGGAAGUUAUAGUGAUCUUUAUCCAGAUUCAGAUGAUUCAAGUGAGGAUCAAGUGGAAAAUAGUAAAAAUUCCUGGAGUUGCAAGUUUGUUGCUGCUGGAGGGCUUCAACAGUUAUUAGAAAUUUUUAAUUCUGGAAUUCUAGAGCCAAAAGAGCAGGAAUCCUGGACUGUGUGGCAGCUAGACUGUCUUGCUUGCUUGCUGAAGUUAAUAUGCCAGUUUGCAGUAGAUCCAUCGGAUUUGGAUUUAGCUUAUCAUGAUGUAUUUGCCUGGUCUGGUAUAGCAGAGAGCCAUAGGAAAAGAACGUGGCCUGGCAAAUCAAGGAAGGCUGCUGGUGAUCAUGCUAAGGGUCUUCAUAUACCCAGAUUAACAGAGGUAUUUCUUGUUCUUGUCCAAGGAACAAGUUUGAUUCAGCGACUCAUGUCUGUUGCUUAUACAUAUGAUAAUCUGGCUCCUAGAGUUUUGAAAGCUCAGUCUGAUCACAGGUCUAGACAUGAAGUUUCACAUUAUUCAAUGUGGCUCUUGGUGAGUUGGGCUCAUUGCUGUUCUUUAGUGAAAUCUAGCCUUGCUGAUAGUGAUCAUUUACAGGAUUGGCUGAAGAAAUUGACUCUCCUUAUUCCUGAGACUGCAGUUCGUCAUGAGUCUUGCAAUGGUCUUUAUAAGUUGUCUCUGUCAGGACUGGAUGGAGGAGACUCAAUCAAUCGCUCUUUUUUGCUGCUGGCUGCCUCAACAUUAUUGAAAUUUCUUCCUGAUGCUCAGGCACUCAAACCUAUCAGGAUAGAUGAUUAUGAAGAAGAACCAAUGUUAAAACCUGGAUGUAAAGAAUAUUUCUGGUUGUUGUGCAAAUUAAUUGACAAUAUACAUAUAAAGGAUGCUAGUCAGACAACACUCCUCGACCUGGAUGCUUUGGCACGACAUUUGGCUGAUUGUAUUCGAAGCAGGGAGAUCCUUGAUCAUCAAGAUGGUAAUAUAGAAGAUGAUGGCCUUACAGGACUCCUGAGGCUUGCAACAAGCGUUAUUAAACACAAACCACCCUUUAAAUUUUCAAGGGAAGGACAGGAAUUUUUAAGAGAUAUCUUCAAUCUUCUGUUUUUGUUGCCUAGUCUAAAAGAUAGACAACAGCCCAAGUGCAAAUCACAUUCUUCAAGAGCUGCUGCAUAUGAUUUGUUAGUGGAGAUGGUCAAGGGAUCUGUUGAAAACUACAGACUAAUACAUAACUGGGUUAUGGCACAACACAUGCAGUCUCAUGCACCUUAUAAAUGGGACUAUUGGCCUCAUGAAGAUGUCCGUGCUGAGUGUAGAUUUGUUGGCCUGACUAACCUUGGAGCUACUUGUUACUUGGCUUCUACUAUUCAGCAACUUUAUAUGAUACCUGAGGCAAGACAAGCUGUCUUCACUGCUAAGUAUUCUGAAGAUAUGAAGCACAAGACCACUCUUCUGGAGCUUCAAAAAAUGUUUACAUAUUUAAUGGAGAGUGAAUGCAAAGCAUAUAAUCCUAGACCCUUUUGUAAAACAUACACCAUGGAUAAACAGCCUCUAAAUACUGGGGAGCAGAAAGAUAUGACAGAGUUUUUUACUGAUUUGAUUACUAAAAUUGAGGAAAUGUCUCCAGAACUGAAAAAUACUGUCAAAAGUUUGUUUGGAGGUGUUAUUACAAACAAUGUUGUGUCCUUGGAUUGUGAACACGUUAGUCAGACUGCUGAAGAGUUUUACACCGUGAGGUGCCAGGUGGCUGAUAUGAAGAACAUUUAUGAAUCUCUUGAUGAAGUUACUAUUAAAGAUACUUUAGAAGGUGACAACAUGUAUACUUGUUCUCAUUGUGGGAAGAAAGUACGAGCUGAAAAAAGAGCAUGUUUUAAGAAAUUGCCUCGAAUUCUGAGUUUCAAUACUAUGAGGUAUACAUUUAAUAUGGUCACAAUGAUGAAAGAGAAAGUUAACACACACUUUUCCUUCCCAUUACGUCUGGAUAUGACACCCUAUACAGAAGAUUUUCUUAUGGGAAAGAGUGAUAGGAAAGAAGGUAAUGGAAAAUCUCUUCCUCCUGCCUAUGUUUACUGUUUUAAGGAAGUCGGUGAUCAUUCAAAAGACACAGAGAGCUAUGAAUAUGACUUGAUAGGAGUGACCGUUCACACAGGAACAGCAGAUGGUGGGCACUAUUACAGCUUCAUUAGAGAUAUAGUCAAUCCUCAUGCUUAUAAAAACAAUAAAUGGUAUCUUUUUAACGAUGCUGAGGUAAAACCUUUUGACUCUGCUCAGCUUGCUUCUGAAUGUUUUGGUGGAGAGAUGACAACCAAGACCUAUGACUCUGUUACAGAUAAAUUUAUGGAUUUCUCCUUUGAAAAGACACAUAGUGCUUAUAUGCUGUUUUACAAACGCAUGGAACCAGAGGAAGAAAAUGGCAAAGAGUACAAAUUUGAUGUUUCAUCGGAGUUACUAGAGUGGAUUUGGCAUGAUAACAUGCAGUUUCUUCAAGACAAAAACAUUUUUGAACAUACAUAUUUUGGGUUUAUGUGGCAGUUGUGUAGUUGUAUUCCCAGUACAUUACCAGAUCCUAAAGCUGUGUCUUUAAUGACAGCAAAGUUAAGCACUUCCUUUGUCCUAGAGACAUUUAUUCAUUCAAAAGAAAAGCCCACAAUGCUUCAGUGGAUUGAACUCUUGACCAAACAGUUUAAUAAUAGUCAAGCAGCUUGUGAGUGGUUUUUGGACCGCAUGGCUGAUGAUGAUUGGUGGCCAAUGCAGAUACUAAUUAAGUGCCCUAAUCAAAUUGUGAGACAGAUGUUCCAGCGUUUGUGUAUCCAUGUGAUUCAGAGACUUAGACCUGUGCACGCUCAUCUCUAUCUACAGCCAGGAAUGGAAGAUGGGUCUGAUGAUAUGGAUGCUUCAGUAGAAGAUAUAGGUGGCCGUUCAUGUGUCACUCGAUUUGUAAGAACUCUGUUAUUAAUUAUGGAACAUGGUGUAAAGCCUCACAGUAAACAUCUUACAGAAUACUUUGCCUUCCUUUAUGAAUUUGCCAAAAUGGGUGAAGAAGAGAGCCAAUUCUUGCUUUCACUGCAAGCCAUAUCUACAAUGGUACAUUUUUACAUGGGAACCAAAGGGCCUGAAAAUCCUCAAGUUGAAGUGUUGUCAGAGGAAGAAGGUGAAGAAGAGGAGGAGGAAGAAGAUAUUCUCUCUCUGGCAGAAGAAAAAUACAGGCCAGCUGCCCUUGAAAAAAUGAUAGCUUUAGUUGCUCUUUUGGUUGAACAGUCUCGCUCAGAAAGGCAUUUGACAUUAUCACAGACUGACAUGGCGGCAUUAACAGGAGGAAAGGGAUUUCCCUUCUUGUUUCAACAUAUUCGUGAUGGCAUCAAUAUAAGACAGACUUGUAAUCUGAUUUUCAGCCUUUGUCGAUACAAUAAUCGACUUGCAGAACAUAUUGUAUCUAUGCUUUUUACAUCAAUAGCAAAAUUGACACCUGAGGCAGCCAAUCCUUUCUUUAAAUUGUUGACUAUGCUAAUGGAGUUUGCUGGUGGACCUCCAGGAAUGCCUCCCUUUGCAUCUUACAUUCUGCAGAGGAUAUGGGAGGUAAUUGAAUACAAUCCUUCUCAGUGUCUGGAUUGGUUGGCAGUGCAGACACCCCGAAAUAAACUGGCACACAGCUGGGUCCUACAGAAUAUGGAAAACUGGGUGGAGCGGUUUCUUUUGGCUCACAAUUAUCCUAGAGUCAGGACUUCUGCAGCUUAUCUUCUGGUGUCCCUUAUACCAAGCAAUUCAUUCCGCCAGAUGUUCCGGUCAACAAGGUCUUUGCACAUCCCAACCCGUGACCUUCCACUCAGUCCAGACACAACAGUAGUCCUACAUCAGGUCUACAACGUGCUCCUUGGUUUGCUCUCAAGAGCCAAACUUUAUGUUGAUGCUGCUGUUCAUGGCACUACAAAGCUAGUGCCCUAUUUUAGCUUUAUGACUUACUGUUUAAUUUCCAAAACUGAGAAGCUGAUGUUUUCCACAUAUUUCAUGGAUUUGUGGAACCUUUUCCAGCCUAAACUUUCUGAGCCAGCAAUAGCUACAAAUCACAAUAAACAGGCUUUGCUUUCAUUUUGGUACAAUGUGUGUGCUGACUGUCCAGAGAAUAUCCGCCUUAUUGUUCAGAACCCAGUGGUAACCAAGAACAUUGCCUUCAAUUACAUCCUUGCUGACCAUGAUGAUCAGGAUGUGGUGCUUUUUAACCGUGGGAUGCUGCCCGCCUACUACGGCAUUCUGAGACUCUGCUGUGAGCAGUCUCCUGCAUUUACACGACAAUUGGCUUCUCACCAGAACAUCCAGUGGGCCUUUAAGAAUCUUACACCACAUGCCAGCCAAUACCCUGGAGCAGUGGAAGAACUAUUUAACCUGAUGCAGCUAUUCAUAGCUCAGAGGCCAGAUAUGAGAGAAGAAGAAUUAGAAGAUAUUAAACAAUUUAAGAAAACAACCAUAAGCUGUUACUUACGUUGCUUAGAUGGCCGAUCCUGCUGGACUACUUUAAUAAGUGCCUUCCGAAUACUUUUAGAAUCUGAUGAAGACCGACUUCUUGUGGUAUUUAAUCGAGGGUUGAUCCUGAUGACUGAGUCUUUCAACACACUUCACAUGAUGUAUCAUGAAGCCACAGCUUGCCAUGUGACUGGAGACUUGGUAGAACUUCUGUCAAUAUUCCUUUCAGUUUUGAAGUCUACACGCCCAUAUCUUCAGAGAAAAGAUGUGAAACAAGCAUUAAUCCAAUGGCAGGAGCGAAUUGAAUUUGCCCAUAAACUGUUAACUCUUCUUAAUUCCUAUAGCCCUCCAGAACUUAGAAAUGCCUGUAUAGAUGUCCUCAAGGAACUUGUGCUUUUGAGUCCUCAUGACUUUCUUCAUACUCUGGUUCCAUUUCUACAACACAACCAUUGUACUUACCAUCACAGUAAUAUACCAAUGUCUCUUGGACCUUAUUUCCCUUGUCGAGAAAAUAUCAAGCUAAUAGGAGGGAAAAGCAAUAUUCGGCCUCCGCGCCCUGAACUCAAUAUGUGCCUCUUGCCCACAAUGGUGGAAACCAGUAAGGGCAAAGAUGACGUUUAUGAUCGUAUGCUGCUAGACUACUUCUUUUCUUAUCAUCAAUUCAUCCAUCUAUUAUGCCGAGUUGCAAUCAACUGUGAAAAAUUUACUGAAACAUUAGUUAAGCUGAGUGUCCUAGUUGCCUAUGAAGGUUUGCCACUUCAUCUUGCACUGUUCCCCAAACUUUGGACUGAGCUAUGCCAGACUCAGUCUGCUAUGUCAAAAAACUGCAUCAAGCUUUUGUGUGAAGAUCCCGUUUUUGCAGAGUAUAUAAAAUGUAUCCUGAUGGAUGAAAGAACCUUCCUAAACAACAACAUCGUCUACACAUUCAUGACACAUUUUCUUCUAAAGGUUCAAGGUCAAGUGUUUUCUGAAGCAAACUGUGCCAAUUUGAUCAGUACUCUUAUUACGAACUUGAUAAAUCAGUAUCAGAACCUGCAAUCUGACUUUACCAACCGAGUUGAGAUUUCCAAAGCAAGUGCUUCUUUAAAUGGGGACUUGCGGGCACUUGCUUUGCUCCUGUCGGUACACACUCCGAAACAAUUAAACCCAGCGCUAAUUCCAACUCUGCAAGAGCUUUUAAGCAAAUGCAGGACUUGUUUGCAGCAGAGAAACUCACUCCAAGAGCAAGAAGCCAAAGAAAGAAAAACUAAAGAUGAUGAAGGGGCGACUCCUAUUAAAAGAAGGCGAGUUAGCAGUGAUGAGGAGCACACUGUAGAGAGCUGCAUCAGUGAGAUGAAAACAGAAACCAGGGAGGUCCUGACCCCGACUAGCACUUCAGACAAUGAGACAAGAGACUCCUCAAUUAUCGAUCCGGGAACUGAGCAAGAUCUUCCUUCCCCUGAAAAUAGUUCUGUCAAAGAAUACCGAAUGGAAGUUCCAUCUUCGUUUUCAGAAGACACGUCAAAUGUCAGGUCACGGCAUGUGGAAGAACAGUCCAACAGUGGUAGAUUUGAAGAUUGUAAAGAAUUUAAAGACCUCCACUGUUCGAAGGAUUCUCACCUCGCUGGGGAAGAAUCUGAGUUCCCUUCUACUUCUCUCUCUGCAGUUCUGUCUGACUUAGCUGACUUGAGAAGCUGUGACAGUCAAGCUUUGCCCUCCCAGGACCCUGAGGCUGCUUUAUCACUCAGUUGUGGCCAUUCCAGAGGACUCUUUAGUCACAUGCAGCAGCACGAUAUUUUAGAUACCCUAUGUAGGACCAUUGAAUCUACAAUCCAUGUGGUCACAAGGAUAUCUGGCAAAGGAAACCAAGCUGCUUCUUGACAUUAGAUGUAGCAUGUCUACUUUUAAGGUCCCCCCUCCCCCCAAUGCUGUUUGUAUAAGUUUUGCUUAUUUCUGUUUUUGUGCUUCAGUUCGUCCAGUGCUCUCUGCUUGAAUGGCAAGAUAGAUUCAUAGGCUUAAUUCUUGGUCAGGCAGAACUUCAGGUGAAAAAAUUUGCAUCUUCAAUAUACUUUCUAAAGGGCAAUCAGAUAAUGGAUAUGUUUUAUGUAAUUAAGAGUUCACUGUAGUGGCUUUCAUUUAAUAUGGCUGUCUGGGAGGAACAGGGUUCCCUGGCCCUGUACAAUGUAAUUUAAACUUACAGCAUUUUUACUGUGUAUAAUAUGGUGUCCUCUGUGCCAGUUUUGUACCUUAUAAUAGAGGCAGAUUGCCUCCAAUCGCUGUGGUUCUUAUUAUCAAAAUUAAGUUUACUUGUAUAUGGAACAACCACAAGAAAUUUGAUUCUGUAAAGAAUCCUCUUUAGCUGUGGCCUGGCAGUAUAUAAAUGGUGCUUUAUUUAACAGAAUACCUGUGGAGGAAAUAAAGCACACUUGAUGUAAAAAUAAUUGUUUUAUUUUUAUUGACAUGACUGAUUGCUAUUCUGUGCACUUAAUUAAACUGAUUGUGAUGACUUUUUAUUUGUUUACAUACGUUGUUUCAGUCUUCUCAGAUGACAGUAGUGAGAAAACUGUGACUGGGGGGAUGUACACAGUCCAUAAAGUAACUUUUUCAUAGACUCUUUCACCCCAAAGUUCAUAACUGCUACAGGAAGAGGCGUAACUACACAUCCUGCUCACCCUCACUUUAACAUGCUUCUGAAUGCAACAUGCCACUGUUUCAUAACCUAAGAGCUACAGACCUUAAAAACCCUAAAUAAAAUAAAGGAAUAGUAUCAACAUGCCAUUAUUUUUUGUCUUCCUGAACUAAAACUACAGCUAAAAGUAAACUUGUUAGGACAAGCUUUAGCAAGUGGGACACUUAAACUAUCUGUACUCAGGGAAUCAGUCUGUUCCUAGAGGAGCAGCUAUGCGAAGCAAAGUUAAACCUGAUUUCAUGUUGCUUGCUUUUAACAAUGCAGAGAGUCUAGUUACAGUAAAGAUCCAAUGCUUUCGGUUCUAAGUUCAUGGAUUUCAUCCAAUAUAAAUUAAAACUAUUUGUUUUCUUUUUUAAAAGGAAAUGAUAGGGAAGAGGUAAACUUGACACUUUUUCUGCUUACAAAAGGAUAAUGCCCUUAUAAAAUCUUCUACCUAAUUCAGCCAUUUAGGGUGGUCAGCUGCAAUAAACCUUUUAUUUCUUCAAAAUGUUGUUUCUGCCAACAGAAUUUCAUGUUCUCUUCUUUACAGACAGGAACUCCUUUACAGUCCAAUUGUAAUUCCGUUUGCCGUACAGUAGGCACAAAAUUCAGUGCAACUGUUGCAUAGUGCUCUGGAAGAAAAGGAAAGCUUAUUUCUGCAUUAUGAAAAGGAAAACAUCCAUACGGUACCACUGCCUUUUCAUAAUGGGGGGAAAAAACAUGUUUAUGGACUGUGGGUUUGGUUUAGGGGUUUUUUGGGCCACACACGGGGCAUGCAGAAGUUCCCGGGCCAGGGAUUGUUUUUUGGACUUUUCACAAAAGGUGCUAGUAGUAACAUACCUUCCGGCCAGUUCCUACAUCUCCAUUUCAUGACGAUCUUUUUAUUUGUUAACUGAAAACAAAGGGAAAGUCCACUAAAAACAUCUCUUAAAACUUUGUACAGUCCUACACAACAAAGAAAAACAAAUCCUUUCAUUGAAGUAACCAGUGAACAACACGCACAGCCGUCUUGCAGUUUAUAUGCCGGCACCAUUGAGGAUUCACUGUCCCCAGUGCCUAAACAGAACCCCAGUAACAUCAAGGACAUCAGUGUGGUUAUCAAUAAAGAGAUCAUGUCAAUGAUGAGGCAACUGACAUUUGGUAGCAAACACUCUAGUGGCAGAAACCCGAAGCUUCUAGACCAACCAAGAGUUGGGAAGAAUUAUACUUGUUUCUUCUAAAAGCAUAAAUGUUUGCACAAUUACUGUAAAACUAAGACUUCAUCUUUAUUAUUUCUUGGUAUACAUAACUUUUUUUUUUUAAUGGCUGCACCCUUGGCAUAUAAAAGUUCCCUGGCCAAGGACUGAAUGUGACCCAAGCCACUGCGGUCAGGUUCUUAACCCACAGUGCCACAGCAAGAACUCCCUACAUUAAUUUAUAGAUAGAUUUUAUAUUACAUUUUAUGCCCUACAACCAAACUUUAUAAAGUGCUCAAGUUUCUGUGAAUCAGAUAAAAACCAAAGCAAGUUAAAAAAAAAAAAAAA